AUGACAUUUACAGAUUAUAACGAGCUAAUUAUAAAAAAUACUACAGAAACAGACACAAUAUGUCCAGGAUGUAAGCAAAACGCAAAGUUUAAAUAUACUAAAUUAGAAGAUGUACAACCAGAGAUUGUAUUGGUGGUUUUUGAAUGCACACAUUGUAAUAUUAAAGAUACGAGUUUUUUUAAUGAAAAAAUUAAUACUAGAAAACUUGUUAUAGAGUGUCAUUUCAAUGAUAAAGAAGAUUUUAAGCGAGAAAUUAAUCUUAAUAUGCACUCUCAGCUAUUUAUUGAAUACAGGGGUAUUAAAUAUGAACAUGAAAGCUCUUUACCAUUGGUUAUUAGUGUAGAAGGAAUAAUUGAUCAGGCUAUAGAAGCAUUAGAUAAUGAAAAUAACUCGAUUAUAGGAGAUAAACAAGAAAUGAAAAAAACGGUAGAAAUUUUCAAGUUAAUAAAAGAAGAUUAUGUUUUUUAUAUGAAAAUUAUUGAUAAUGAUGGGUCUAGCAGAGUGGGAAGGAUUGGUAAAGGGGUUUAUGAGAUGCAAAAUUGUGAUAUAAAAGAAUUUAAUGACGAAAAAGUACAUCAUUAUCUUGUCAAUUCGUAA